AUGAGUGAAAAGAUCCAGAGGGGCAGACGCUGGCUAGCGUCAAUGUUCGGCGACCUAGCGUUUUCUCAGUUGGAGGUUAACGCGAGGACAAUGGAUAUUUUGGACCAGCUCGCCCGGUCCAGCGACGUCAGGUGCCGCCACAUCUGUCUGCUCGCCGAAGACAUCAACCACAAAGCGGCUGAGUACGGGGCUGAGGGUGCUCACCUCCAGGAAGUCAUCGAGCAAGGCUUGGACGUUUCCUCCGCCUUGCUGUCCAAGUCAUCUGAGGACUUGUUGUCCUCUCUGGCGGACAACGUCACGGUCCUGGCGCUCCGAGACACGUCGCUCUACAGUUGGAUGCCGGCGUUGAAUUGCCUAACCGAUCGGCUCUUGGCGGCGAAGAAGGCGGACGCCGAGGUGGAGCGCGAGCUCCUCGUGCUCCGAAAGAAGCUGAGCGACGCUCUGGUGAUGCGAGGACGACUACAGGACAAUGUGAACAAAGCGUGUGACGCUCAAGCGGUAGAGAGCGCCAAAGCGGAAGGGAGGUCGCUCAACAUGGAUUUUCUCAAAGAGAAAGCUCAAGAGACGUACAAUAAACGCCAGGGCAAAGAGACCCAGCUGGCAUCUAGGAACAUGAAAGAGUCACUCAGCCAUCAAGCUUUAGUCCAGCUAUCGGAGGAAGUGACUGCGCUGAAAGCAGAAAUUGAACCCCUGAGGAAGAAACUCCAGCGUUUCAUGGACCUCAUUCCAAACCCGUCCCUGGCGCGAGUCAAAAUAGAAGAGGCCAAAAGAGAGCUGGCAGCGCUCGAUGCCCAGAUGGAGAUGCGCAUGGACUCCAAGUGA